UCACAAUGAGAAAUCUCCUCCAUCCCAUAAUCGAUUCUCGUCGAUUACUAAAAUCUUUCUAGGGUUUCCCUCUCUCUCUCUCUCUCUCUAUUUAUUUUCAAAUUCUCUCUCUCUAUUUAUUUUCAAAUUCAAAAUCGAUUUCUCGAUCUGAAUACUCACUAAACCUAACCGAGUUGGCUUGCUACCUCACCACCACCAUCAAAAAAGAAAUCGAUUCUCGUCGAUUAGGGGCCGUUUCUUUUAAUAUCGAUAUGGAGCAGAUCCGGAUUGACACCGAUGAUUAUCACCAGGAGGAGGAGGAGGAGGUUCCUAUGAUCUUGGAGGAUCAAGAUUCCGGGUCGGGUCGCUCCGAAUCGAAUCCUUCCGGUUCCGAUUCCGAUUCCGACUCCGGUGAGCAGAACGAUGAAGAUUCGGAGUCCGAUUGCGAGAGCGAAACCGUUGAAUCGAAUUCUACUUAUCAAUUUGGGGCUUUCACCGGAAAUGGGAUGAUGUUCAGAGUGAAUGAUGUGAGCGAGGAGUACGAGGAUAUUGUCACGAGCUUUGCUGUGGGUAUGGGACCGGCGGCAGGAGUUGCGAAGGUUGUGGCGGCGCACAAGAAAUCGAUUUCUGGGCUGACCGACCGGGCCAGGUUCGAAACGUUUCGGGUUUUUUCGGAGGCGGUGGGGAAGAAAUGCGACGGAAACGCGAACAUUAAGUAUGCUUGGUACAGCGGAUCGAGGGAUGAGAUUGUGGAGAUAGUGGAUCGUGGAUUUAGUAGUCGUAAUGCGGAUGAGUGUGGCCGGAUCCAGUUGAUUCCGGUUAAGUUUGCUUUGGAUGCGGCGUUGGGCUUGGAGGAGGUUGGUGAUGAUGGGCUGAGGCAUAUGCUGCUGUGCCGGGUUAUAUUGGGGAAGAUGGAAGUGGUGCCUAGUGGUUCUCAACAAGGUGUUCCUGGCUCGAAUGAGUUUGAUUCCGGUGUGGAUAGUGCUGUGAAUCCGAGGAAGUAUUUUGUGUGGAGUGCAUUCAUGAACUCGCAUAUUCUUCCUGCUUAUGUUGUGAGCUUCAAGGGUCCUGCUAACUUGAAGGCUUAUGUGAAGACUACUGCUACUACUUCUCAGGCGGCGAGUGUUGCUAGUGCUAUUACUCAGGGGAGUGCUCGAUACAAAGGGCCUGGACGUGUUACUGCUGCUGCUCUGGUGGCUGGGCUGACGAGGUUCUUGACUCCCCAAGAAAUGAAGAUUAUUGUCAGAUUGCUGGACGAAUUCAAGGCAAAGAAGAUUACAGGAGAGGAGCUGAAGCGAAAAGCGAGACUCGUAGCCGGUGACAAGUUGAUUUCAGCCUUGAAAUUGAUGUCAUCGACUGUUAAUGGGAGCGGUACUGUUGGUGGUGGAAUGCAGCUGGAGAAUGGAUCAGUACGAGAUAUCUAUCUCCCUGGUCUGAUGACCGUGCUUGCAGGGUUGCUGCCUGCUCCGAAGUCGGCCAUGCUUAGUAAAAGCCUCGGCGAUUUCAGGGCUAAGAAGAUAACUCGACGUCAGCUGGCUCGAUGUGUGAGAAUCAUUGUUGGCAAUGACAGUGUGUUGGUUUCAGCAAUCAAAUCUUACAGAAUCAGGAAGCAGCAGCAGCAGCAGCAGCAGCAGCAAGACAAGUCACCUGUGUGAAGAUGAUGGUUACAUGCCUAGUCCUGGAUGCACGCAUAAUCUGAUCGAAGUGAAGGAACAAGGAAUGAAGCCAAGUGAAGGAACAAGGAAUGAAGCUACUUGAUCAGUAUUACUUUUAAUUUAUAAUAAGUUAUAAUUUAUAUCAAAAAUAUGUAUUUAGAUCUGAUCCUGUAAUAAGUAAGGAUCAGUAGUACUUUUAAUUUAUAAUAAGUUAUAAUUUAUAUAAAAAAUAUGUAAUUUAUAUCUUAA